CACGACCCACGAACCACGAUUACGUUUUGCUCUAUUGGCUUCUAUCUUUGAUUUCCUAUAUUUUUUUGCUUUUCCUUUCUCAGUUGCCAGACAAAUUCCAUUCGUCGCUACCGUUCCUCUGGCAUUCCUCCUCCGUGCGGAUGCCUCCUCCCCAACCCGUCUCAUCUCCCCACCACUCCAACCUACUAGAACCCAACUCCGAGCACAAUUCAACGGAUCCCUGACCGGCUCGGAUUCAUUACGCCAAUGCGCCCUUCCAAGCGCCUCCCCGAGGCCGCCGCCGCCGCCGCCGGUGGGAUCCAGAGGAGUCGCGGCGCCGCCGUCGUCAAACUCGCCGCCCUCCUUCUCCUCUCCGUUCUCUCGCCGCUGCUCUUCUUGGCGGCGCGAGGCAUUCGCACCUCCGUCUUGGCUGAUUGGGAGGGCAUCCGACACAUUUCAAGCAAGCCGAUUGUUGAUUGGAGGGAACAAUUGGCCAUGCAACACAUGAAAUCUAUUUUCACAGAGGAGGUAAUUGAUAUCAUAUCUGCAACCAGACAUGACUUAGGACCAUGGAGUCUUGAUUCAGCCAGGAAAAACCAUAUAUCAUCUUCGUGGAAAGUUGGUGGACAGGAUGAAGCUUCUCAGAACUUGACCAUUUCAGAUCCGAUUCAAGCAGCUUCUGAUGUUGCACAAAAGGCCUCCCAUUCCAAAUUAGAAAUUGCUACUGCAGUUGGUGAUUUGCUAGCAAUAGAUAAAGCGAUUAAAAAUGAUUCUGAUGGACAUCUUCUUGACAAUCCAGUAAUACUUACCAGAAGGCGAUUGAGAGAGAAAAGACGAGAAAGAAGAGCAGUAGAGUUGGUCCAGCAGAAUGAUGAAGCAUUGGUGAAACUUGAAAAUGCUGCCAUUCAACGCUCGAAAGGUGUAAACUCUGCAGUUCUUGGAAAAUAUAGCAUAUGGAGGAAAGAUAAUGAGAAUGAGAACUCUGAUUCAACCGUAAGGUUGAUGCGAGACCAAAUGAUCAUGGCUAGAGUUUAUUUAGUUAUUGCUAAGUCCAAGGAUAAGACUGAUCUUUAUCAGGAACUUCAGAAUCGGCUAAAGGAAAGCCAAAGUGCACUUGGAGAGGCCAAUGCUGAUUCCGAGCUCCACCAAAGCGCACCUAAGAGAAUAAAAGAAAUGGGUCAGGUUUUGUCAAAAGCAAGAGAACAAUUGUAUGAUUGUAAGGCAGUAACUCAGAAGCUCAGAGCGAUGCUUCAAUCAGCAGACACACAGGUUAGGAGCUUAAAGAAACAGAGCACUUUCCUAAGCCAGUUGGCUGCAAAAACAAUUCCCAAUGGGAUCCACUGCUUAUCUAUGCGCUUAAGCAUAGCCUACUAUCUCCUCCCUCCAGAAAAAAGGAAAUUUCCAAGGAGUGAGAAUUUGGAAGAUCCGAAUCUUUACCAUUAUGCGCUCUUUUCUGACAAUGUUUUAGCUGCAUCGGUUGUUGUGAACUCAACAAUCACAAAUGCCAAGGAGCCAGAAAAACAUGUCUUCCAUCUGGUCACCGAUAAACUGAACUUUGGAGCCAUGAACAUGUGGUUUCUGUUGAAUCCGCCUGGAAAAGCAACCAUUCAUGUUGAAAAUGUGGAUGAAUUUAAAUGGCUGAACUCAUCAUAUUGUCCAGUUUUACGACAGCUAGAGUCUGCUGCAAUGAAAGAGUACUAUUUUAAAGCUGGUCAUCAUACUACUCUCUCAGCAGGUUCUUCGAAUUUAAAAUACCGGAACCCAAAAUACCUUUCAAUGCUAAACCAUCUAAGGUUCUACCUUCCACAGGUUUAUCCCAAAUUGAAUAAAAUCCUGUUUCUGGAUGAUGACAUUGUUGUCCAGAAGGAUUUGACAGCUUUGUGGUUCAUAGAUCUCAGGGGAAAUGUAAAUGGUGCUGUAGAGACGUGUGGACAGAGUUUUCAUCGGUUUGACAAAUACCUCAAUUUUUCAAACCCUCACAUUGCGAAAAACUUUGAUCCAAAUGCAUGUGGUUGGGCUUAUGGAAUGAAUAUGUUUGAUCUAAAUGAAUGGAAGAAGAAAGAUAUUACUGGGAUUUAUCACAAGUGGCAGUCAUUGAACGAGAACAGGGCUCUAUGGAAACUUGGUACACUUCCUCCUGGACUGUUGACAUUCUACAAGUUGACUCAUCCACUGGACAAGUCAUGGCAUGUUCUUGGCUUGGGGUAUAAUCCAAGCAUUGAUCGCUCAGAGAUUGAGAAUGCUGCUGUCAUUCAUUAUAAUGGGAAUUUGAAGCCUUGGUUGGAGAUUGGAAUGACGAAGUACAGGAACUACUGGACCAGAUACAUCAAAUAUGACCACCCAUAUGUUAAGAUAUGCAACCUUAGUCGAUAGUCAGACAUGGCGUGAUUGCUUGCAGGAUAUGCUUUUGCCCUGAAAGUAGGGAGGGUGCUUCUGUUGUGAAGCUGGAGAAUAUUAGAUUUUUUGCUAGCCAUUCUGCCUUGUUCCAUUCUUACUGCUUACUCUCAUUUUCCUUUUGCCGCACAUUUUGCUUUUCUAUUCCACAUUUUUCUUCUUUUAUGCUUCAAUGGUAUUGAGUGCUGACAAUUGUUAUGUGGUUCUAUGCAUGCAUGUACUUGGAAUAUAAUUAGAAGAUUGCUGGAAAUGUAUGAUGCAAUGUCGUUCUUCCA